AAUCCCUGACGUCAUCAGCCUGCGACCAGUGUUUGCUGACAGCAAAGAAGGAGAAAUGGCUGCAAGGUUAUUACUCCGCUCGGCCUUCAGAGCCGCUACGACGUGCCGGGCGGCCCCGGUACCGGCUGUGACCCGCGGUAUGGCGGCUGGAGGGAUUCCUACUGAUGAGGAACAAGCUACCGGACUGGAGAAGGUCAUCAUGAACGCCAUGAAGGAGGGAAAGGACCCCUACAACAUGAUGAAGCCUAAGGAGUACGCCGGCUCCAAGGCCGACCCCCACCUGGUUCCCUCCAUCACCAACAAGAGGAUUGUGGGAUGUGUCUGUGAAGAAGACAACACGGCCGUGGUGUGGUUCUGGCUCCAUGAGGGCGAGGCCCAGCGCUGCCCGUCCUGUGGUUCCCACUACAAACUGGUGGCCCAUGAGCUCCCCCAUUAGCUCCCCCAUAGCUGUGUUCUGAUAGAGCUCUGCUCCUCAGCUCAUCUCAGAUAUUCCUCGGACUAUCAGAACACCGCUCUUCAUUAUUCAGGCUGCAUGAUGUUAUUUGGCUCUUGUCCUGGAGCUGUGACUCUUCUAAUUGCUCCUUGUUGUCACCAGCUGACCUCAUCAGUCUCUGCUUUACAUGGUAGCAGUUAACCAGGGACCAAAUCUGCUGUGUUUGGACCGCUUCCAUCCAGAGACCAUUUACUCCUGUUUUGUUCUACUCGCUCCACUUUCCUCCUUACAUCUACCAAUAAAGUCCUCCAGUGAA